UUAGGCCUUAUGAUGUUUGAUAGAUCUAUACAAUAAUUAAUUGAACAUGAGAUUCAGUAUACAAUAUUAAGUCUUAGAAAUAGAACUAUCCUGUACCUGGUAUCAGUAGUUUGGAUUUGUAAAAGCCCAGAUAUCACAUCCAUCUUUACUUGCAAGUAUAUGUUCCAGUCAUAUAAGAUAAUUAUUGGGAAAAUAACUGGAAUAAUAUUCUUGCCCUUAUUAAAAUUUGUUAAAAAUGUUCACCUCUAUUGUAGAAUGGCUGGUUACUUGUCCAGAGGCAAGAGAGCAGUAGAAGAAGCUCUUGGAGUGACUAGAAAGCCAAGACUGUCUCCAGUUCAGUCAGCCCGAAAAUGGUGUGGGAAAGCAACUGAUCAGGAGGGUUUAGAAAGGCAUUUUGUUUCCGAGAAUAUUGGUUUUGGAGUGUUUGCAACAAAACCAUUUGAGAAGGGCGACUUUUUGCUCGAGUAUUGUGGCACACACUGUACUCCUGAAGAAGCUGACAGGACAAACCACAAUUACCUGUUUGGAUUCAAAUAUGCGGGAAAAUACAUAUGGAUUGAUGCCUUUCAGACAGACAGGUUGGGGAGAUUUGUCAACGAUGCAAAAGAAAAUACCAUUGGCUGUAACAGCAAACAGAAGCUGUUGUUUUUUGAAGGUGUUCCCCAUAUAUGUCUUUUUGCCAGUAAAACCAUACAUAUAGGGGAUGAGAUCCGUUACGACUACGGAGACGAUAGUGGUAACCUGUUUUGGAGGAACCAGCUGCUCAGUACAAUGACAAUACAGAUGGUUCUGAUGAUGAUGAUGAUGAUCCUUUUGAUGUUGAAAAAGCCAAAACAGAGAUAGGUAUAC